CCUCCUGCUAUCCCUCCCUCCCGCCGCCGCCGCAGCCGCACCGAGACACAAAAAGCGGCUGGGGCAGGGCUGGGCAGGGCCGGGCCGGGCCGCGCCGCCACCAUGACGGAGACCACCAAGACCCACGUUAUCCUGCUGGCCUGCGGCAGCUUCAACCCCAUCACCAAGGGCCACAUCCAGAUGUUCGAGCGAGCCCGGGAUUACCUGCACAAGACUGGGCGCUUCAUCGUCAUCGGUGGCAUUGUCUCGCCCGUGCACGACUCCUACGGGAAGACGGGUCUUGUCUCAAGCUGGCACCGCCUGACCAUGUGCCAACUGGCCGUCCAGUCCUCCGACUGGAUCAGGGUGGACCCCUGGGAGUGCUACCAGGACACCUGGCAGACCACCUGCAGCGUGCUGGAACACCACCGUGACCUGAUGAAGAGAGUGACUGGCUGCAUCCUCUCCAACGUCAACACCCCCUCCAUCACCCCCGUGAUCGGCCAGCCCCAGAAUGAGUCCUCGCAGACCAUCUACCAGAACAACAACAACGUCUCCAACAAGCCCACCGCGGCAAAGAUCCUGGGGAAGGUGGGAGAAAGCCUGAGCCGGAUUUGCUGCGUUCGCCCACCAAUGGAGCGCUUCACCUUUGUGGAUGAAAAUGCCAACUUGGGGACAGUGAUGAGAUACGAGGAGAUCGAGCUGCGCAUCUUACUGCUCUGCGGCAGUGACCUGCUGGAGUCCUUCUGCAUCCCUGGUCUCUGGAACGAGGCAGACAUGGAGGUGAUUGUUGGGGAGUUUGGGAUCGUGGUGGUGCCCCGGGAUGGAGCAGACCCUGACCGGAUCAUGAACCAUUCCUCCAUACUUCGCAAGUACAAAAACAACAUCCUAGUGGUGAAGGACGACUCAAACCACCCCAUGUCGGUUGUCAGCUCCACCAAAAGCAGACUGGCCCUGCAGCAUGGGGACGGACACGUCGUGGAUUACCUCUGCCAGCCCGUCAUCGACUACAUCCUCAAGAGCCAGCUCUACAUCAACGCCUCUGGCUAAGCGCCAGAGGUCUUGCAGCGAGACAGCCCUCAUGUCCCGCCUGCCUACAGCUCUCCAUCACUCUUUUCUCUCUCUCUCUCAGUCCGUGUCUCCAUCUCUCUCCCCACCCCACGGCCUCCUGCCCAUGUCUGUCUCUCACCCCCGGCGCCAGCGCUCCAUCGUGCAGCAAUGUCCAGGGAACUGCGGCACGGCCCCGAGGGGAACGGUUUGGUCUCUUUUUUCAGGGAACCACCCUCCCCCUCAUAGGCGGGGAGGCAGAGGGGACCGGUAAAGAGCGAUGUGCUCGGUGCGCUCGAGGGGAGGCAGCUCCGGCACCCCCCUCCCAGCAUGUCACUGGGAAAUGGCCCCCCCCGGUCCGUCCUCCCAGCAUGCUCAGAGCAGGGGCUUCCUCUUCUGCAUCAUCUUACGGUACUUAAGCUCAAUAAAUCUAGGUGGACUCUUUUUUCUUAAAUAGUUUUAGUGCGAGCCCUUUCGACCUCUCAACACGAUGACCAGAGGAAUCCUGGUUGGCAGCGGGUAGUUGUAACCCAACUGGAUUGGUGCCCCACGGCAGGUAAACCUCCUCAGGCCAGCAGGAGGACAACUCAGCUAACAAAACUCUCCUCCUGGCCCUGAAAAGUCAUGGCAAGCAUUUCUGAGGGGGAGCAGGGGCCUUGGCAAGCAUCGCUGCCAAAGCAUUACUAGGGGGGGAUGCCAUGUCUCACCUUUCCUUGGCUGCAAGUCAAUCCAACCCACCCCCUAGGCAAGUGGAGUUGGGGUGAUAUGGUUUAGUGGUGGUUUUUGUCAGAGUUAGGUUGAUGGUUCUUUAGUGAGAAUUCGCCCCAACCCUGGCUGAUCUUUGUGGGGGCUGGGUCCAUCCCCAUCCUCUGGCCUCCGGAUCUCCAUUUCUGUCUGUAAACUUCCCCUUUCUCCCUCUGCUCCUCCCCUCUUCCUCUCCUUGAAGAGUUUAUUAAAUGCAUGAUACUUUCCCCCUCCCAAACCGGCUGUGGCUACUUUACACUUCCCUUGGGACAUGCCAGGCUCCUGCUCUCCUGCCUGUGACGUGUCGUCAGGUGCCGGGGAAGGAGCCUAGGGGAGACAUUUGCUUUAAAACCGGGGCAGGUAAUACGUAGAAAAAGAAAAUUAUUUAAGUCUCGUGGAGACGAAAGUUGCUGAAGUGGGCCAUUGUCCUGCUGAGCAUCCCUAGGGUGCAAGGACCCUGCACAGCACCUGGGAAAGGUCACAGCCACAAGGAGGAAGGUACAGUCCUACUUUACUCCUCACCUUUUCCUCUCCCUCUGCUCCAUCUAACCUUGUAUCGCUUUGGGUGUAGCCCUGCUGCCUGUAGCUCCUGGGCAUCUGCCCACUUCCCAUGAAUUUGGGCUAACUAGGCUGAGCCUAGAAGCCCCCACCAAGGCACAGCCACUGCUCAUGCUGGUCCCCAGCAAGCGACGGUGUAGUGAUGGGACACCCAAAGGCUGAGAGUCCUUCAGGGUGUUGCAGGGAAACAUCUGAAAUUACCUUUUUUUUUUUUUCUCCCUCCUUAAAUGUCUAUGAAGGGUCACAAGCUCCUCUAAUGUAAGCUCCAAAAGUGGGAGCUCACAUCUCACAAAGUUUGAUGGCCUGCUGGAUGCUGCUGGCAGCUCUGUAACAGCAAGCAGCUUUGGACAAAACAAGGUAGCCUACAGCCACAGGCUCCUUGUGGCGGGCAGGGGUUUGUGGGCCAUAGCUAACGACUUCUCAAGGAGGGCACAGCCCUUCACAGAAGGGAAAGCAAGAGAGACAGAAGUGAUGUCACCUGCCCAUAGGCCAGAAGAGGUCUUUCCUUGCCAGGGAUUUCCCUCUGCAUGGAGAGGCUUGUUCAGGAACUGUGGUAAAUUCGGCAGCUGAAUCCCUCAGCACCACCUCUGGUAUCUCCAGACAGGAUCCCGUGGGGUGAGGAGAUACAGAAAUGCCAAAGCAGAGAGGGUAGGGAGAGCGUGCGAGACUGGGAGUGAAGGGACACCUCUUCUCCAGGGAGGUCUUCAGCCAGUUCGAGCUGCUCACCAACAUUCUACUGAGCUCCUUAGCUAACACGCUGGGCGGGCAGGUGCCUGUGGUGGGACACCUCAUCCAUGAGACACCCAACGUAAGUAAGCCAGUAGCUAGACUCCUCUCCACCCAUUGUCCUCACGUGUUCAUGUGUUUCAACCUCUCCUCCCUCUCCAGCCCAACACAGAAGUUAUUUCAGAUAGCAGUCUCCUGUCCUGCCAGAUGUCACCCAUGUUUCUUAGCUCCAAGCCAGAGGACAAGAAGCAAUGGUAGCAAUCAGCCUCCAAAACACACACAGGGAGGGAUUUUACCCUCCUGGGGAAGCGAUGCUUCUUUGAAGGGUGAGGAAGGACAGUAGGUUUUAACUGAGGAAAAGACACAGGGAAAGAAAACAAAGGAGGUGGAGAAGGCAGGCGGGCAGCGUGUCCGAGAGCUGUCCCCGAUCCUCCCUCCCUCAGGUAUAUGAGAUGGGACGCGGGGGAAGCCAGACGGCUUCCCACCCCAUCGCGGUUAGGACGGCAUGCCUUAGAGACGUAGUUUCGUGGUACGGACGAUGAGUAUAUUCUGUCUUACCUGCGCCUUCGUGUAUCCGCUCAGUAAAACUCACAGCACGGGGGGGUGGGACAGGGGGUUUGUAACAGGUUGCUCAGCUCUGGGACUGGUUUGGAAAACGUCUUUGGGUGGGUAUAGGAAAAAAAAUACUAAUAAUCCCUGAAGAGCCAUGAGACUGCCGGGGAGGUGAGGACCGGGGUUUCCAGGGUGCAGGGGAGGGUGGGAGGAAGCCUGUGGGUUUUGGUCUUUGAACCUCCACUUUUAAACAGUGCAAUUUGCUGAAAGAUAAGUGAACUUCAAACGCCUUUUGGAAACAAAAAAAAUAAUGGGGGGGAGGGAAAGGGGUUGAAGUUGCCAUGCCACUGAUUUCACCUUUGUCAAAAGUUUUGGAGCCUAAUUUUUUUUUUCUUCUGUUGCUGUAUGGAAAAGAACGGUCAUUGACAAAAAAA